AUGGCUCUCUACGACUCGAGAUCUGUCAAGAACUUGGAAAAAUGCAUUAACAUGAACCCACCUGAAUCUUCCUCCUCUUGUUCGACUGAAAAUCAAAUUGACAACAUCGGUUUUCAAAAUUAUUCCUCUCCACAACAACAACCAUUGAAUGUCAAUAACAACAACACGAGUGCACUCGUAUUCAAAGCAAUGAAUAGAACGGAAUCGACUCAAUGUAGCACCACUCAUUCAUCACAACCUUCUCUCAUGAGUCAAGGUACCACCACCACAACCACCUCCAUAUUGAAAUCUUCUCCUCCUCAUUCCACAUCACAUCCGCCACCUGUCAUGUCAUCAUCACAACAACAACUCUCAUCACCACCAUUCCUACACAGGAGAACACAAUCAGAAUUUAUCAGUGGUAGUGGUGUUCAUCAUCAUCAUCCUAACGACCAUGACAUUCAAGAAGGAAAUUUAAUUGCAACAACAACAACAACGAAUGAAACAACAAUCAAAACAACCACACAAGGCCUCAUUUCAGAAAAGAAUGAUAAAGCUUCAAAUUUCAAAAAGAACCAUGUUAAAGUCCAUGAUGAUCCAAGUGUCACUAUGACCACCACCACAGCAACAACAGAACCAACAUUCAACCAAAUAUUCAACCCAAUACUACAGGUUGAUCCCAUACAGCCACAAACCAAUUUGUCGACAACUCAAAUUUCCAAAUUUCCAACAGAACCACAAGGAGUGGACAUUCCGAACAACAUGAAUUCCACCAACAACACCACCAACAACAACAACAACACUUCUUCAAAUUAUCAUAUAAGGACCACACCUCCUCCACCACCGAAAAGUAAAUAUCGAAAAAAACAUUUUUCAUUAUUCGAAAUGAAUUCACCUUCCAUGAUGAUACAACAACAUGUCCAUCUCACUCCAUCUUCUUUGAUUUUCUACACACCUACCACUCGAAAGAGAUUAGGUCAUGUUGAAGAAUUUAGUAAGAAUGAUCAUGAUAAUGUCAAAGCUGCUCUUUCACGUGAGGAUUCAAUGACAACCUUCAAAGAAAACACUUUUAAGGAUGAUGGAAUAACGAGUAGUAGUAAUAGUAGUAGAAGUAUCACUAGCAGUCAUUUCAUCAUGGAUCCAAUCAAUUCCAAUUGGCAACACACAUCAUCCACCUUAGAAAAGAGUCCUUUCACUCCACCUUUGAAUGGAAUCAAACAUCGAACAACAACUCAACCACAAGUCACUCAUUCUUCUCAUCAUGAUGUGUAUCAUCAUUACACUCUUGAAGAAUUUCCUCUUCCUGAUUUUUCGAAUGUGAAAAAACAUAAUCACAUUACCUUUGAUCAGUUCAAUUCUUCCAUUCAUUCAUCUUCAACAACACAAGUCCUACCAAAUGCAACGAUGGCCAACCAUGAGCUGUCAUCCUUGUCACAACAAUCAAGUCCACUUCCCUCAGUUUCUGAUUUAUUGGCCUCUCAAGAAUCUUCAAAGGAAAAAGAAAAUACAGUGGUCAUUGGUCCUUACACUGUAUUUAUUGAUUCUGAAUAUUCUCUAAGUGCUUCCUCUGUAUUGGAUGGAAUUUUUUCAAUUCAUGACGAUACUGGACUCGAUUCGAGAGUUCCAAAAGGAGCUCUCUCUUCAGAAAAAUACUUUUAUGAAGGUUUUAAUACGACAACAAAUGAGAAAGUUAAUGUUAUUAGCAAAUUGGUAGAUUCUAACUAUGUGGAGGCUUAUCGAGAAAAAUCAAAAAAAUUAUUAUUACUUGACAAUCAUGUGACAGGAAUUAUUCAAUUAUUGGAUGUUGCUGAAAUUCAGUUGAAAAAUUCGAUUCAUGAAGAAGAGAGUGAAAUUAAUCAAUCUUCUUCUUCUUCGGCAGGAUCGAUAUUUUACAUUUUUGUAGAACCUUGUCUGCUCAUGCACAAAAUUAUUCAAAAAACCAAAAUUGAAGAAAAGAAAUUUUCGUAUCCAAUUUUACUCGAAUGGUUGAGUCAGCUUGCGGAUGGAUUGGCAAAUAUUCAUGAACAUUUAUCAACAGUUCACGGAAAUAUCAAUGUCAACUCAAUUUUCUACUCCAAAAACGAAGAAUGCAUGAAAAUUGGAAACAUGUUACUUCUCACACCUGAAAUUUCUAAAAGACGACUCAGUGAACCAAAAUCUCCAUUUCCUGAAUCACUGAAUGAUUUUAAUUUUAGCACUUAUCGAUCGAAUACUUCAUUCACACCAUUAGAUUUAGGAAAAGAAAAACCAAGAUAUGACAUGAAAACAGAGGUGUGGUUGUUUGGAAUUCUCACAAUUACAAUCAUUACCAUGAAAAAUAUGAAUGUGAUCAUGAAUAGCUUUAUCGAUAACGAUCAAUCCUUUGUUUCCUCACUUUUCCAAAUCAUUAGCAAGCAAUACAAUGACAGAUUUUGUGCAUUGAUAUGGAGAGCAUGUCAUUCAGAUCCCUCCUAUCGACCAACAAUGCGCGAAUUGUGUUACCAACUUGGUUUACUUAAAAAGUAUAGAAGUAUUUCAGGUUCAACAAGCUCCACACGAAAUUCCAUUAUUGAAAGUGAUGUGAAUCAAUAUCAAAAACAUCUCGAUGAUAUUCGUGUGAAUAUGGAACUAGGUUCAAUCCUCGGUGAUUUAUACGGAGUAGAAGAAGGACAAGUUAGUGAGCAAAAACUUCAUUCUAGAAAUAGUAAUAGUUAUGACAUUUUACCACUUUGUACUUCUGAUGGACCAGCUGUAUUAUCUUCUCUCAUUUCGAUUGGAAGAACCAUUAUGAGAUUUGUGAACAAACAUUACAAAAUCAAAGACAAGAAAAAGAAAAAAAACAAACUCAUGGUUAUGAAAAACAAAAUCAAAAAGUUGACAAAACAAGAGAAAAUAGAUGCUGAUUCUCGAAGAUUAAGUAAGAAAACUCUUGAAGAAGAAUUACAACUUGGAAAUCACACACGAGUAUUUGAACAUCAGGAAGAAGUGGAUCUCAAAAUCAUGCAAACGAAAAUUGAAAGUCAAUAUCGAAUCAUUUCAAUUAUUGGAAGUGGCAGUCAAGGAACUGUCAUUAAAGCUUUUGAUAUCAAGAAUAAUAGACAUGUGGCAAUCAAACGAAUUCGAAUGAAAGACAAUAAUGACACAUUAUUAGCAGCUAAAGAAAUAUCUUCCAUGUUCUCUCUUUCAGAAUGUGAAAAUAUUUGUAAAAUUUAUCAUUGGUUUAUCUAUUGUGAAAAUAGAGAAGAUAAAAAGAAUAUGGAUCAACAAGCGAGUCCAAAUCUCUAUGAAAGUGAAGAAGAAGAUACAGAAGCUGAGGAUGAUGAAGAUGACGAUGAUGAAUAUGAUUUUAAAGAUUAUGCCAAUGAAACUUGGUACAUCUCCAUUGUGAUUGAAUAUUGUUCAGAAGGUGAUUUAAGAAAAGCAUUACGAUAUUGUCGAGAUACAAAUACCUAUUUCAAAAACUCAGUGGUGAAAAAUUGGCUCACUCAACUCGUCACUGCUGUGGAUUAUAUUCAUCGAAAAAACCUCAUGCAUCGAGAUAUUUCAUUGAAGAAUAUCUUUCUUCAUUCGAUCGUUGAUCAAAACAUGUUACAAGAAUCUUCCUAUUUUGAUCAUUGUAUUGUGAAAUUGGGAGAUAUGGGUCUAUCCAUCAAAUUGGAAGAAUUGAAUGGAAAAAACGCUCAAUGGGGCACAAGAAGAACGAUGGCUCCUGAACAGAGACUUGGCAAACGAUACGAUUGUUCAGUAGAUAUUUGGAGUAUGGGAUGUAUUGCUUUAGAAAUGAUUUCACAAUAUAAUUUAUCUUCAAAAAAAGGUGGUGAUCGAUCAUUGGAUGAUUUGAGACAUGUGGAUUAUUAUUCUGAAAUUAAGAAUAAUCCAAAUUAUUUGAAUGAAGUGUUAAAACCAUUGGAACAUUACUAUGAUGAUCAUAUUAUUCAAUUUAUUAAGAGUUGCAUUGUAAUUGAACCAUGGAAGAGAGCAACCACACAACAAUUAUUUAAUUUACUUCAUCAAGAUAUUCGAUCGGUGGAAAAUGUGGAAAUGCAUUUCGAUGAAAGUUUGGAAGAAUUUAGACCUUCUCCUUUUCCAUCCAUCAAACAUGAAAGUGUGACCAUGAUGAAUCAUCCUCAUCAUUAUCAACAACAACAUGACGAUGAUCAUCGUCAUUCCAACAACAACUCGAACAAUUUGAACUCGAAUUUGGGUCUUUUAAAUCAUUCCUCCAAGCUCUCUACCAUGGUGAGUCAUGCCAGUCUCUCCAAUUUUGCACUUCUCAAAACAGAAAUGAAAGGUGAUCCAAUUGAAGAAAACACUUCACAACGAAGAUUAUCAGGAAAUCCUGUAUUUAUUGAACUUGAAAAUUCAAAUCGAAAAUAUGUCAAACCAGAACCAAAGGGACAAAACAGUGGAAGAUCAUGUGCUUCUUUGAGUGUGUUGGACAGUAAGGACGUUCUCACAAGUUAUAGUUUGAGUAUGUUUUUCAAAGAGAUUGAAUUUGAAGAAAAGCAUGAAAAAGAAACAAGAACGAAUGAAUCAUUGAGCAAUGGUGAUCACCAUUCGUCACUCAUCACGAUGAAUAACAUUUGUGAUACAUCGUCACUGCCUGAGGAAUUUUCAAGUCAAGUGAAGAAGGGACACGAAAACAAUCUUCACAAAUUAUUGCAAAAACCAAUUAUGGAAUGGACGACUUCAGAUGUUGGAAUUUGGCUAAUUUCCAUCGAUUUUAGCAAGUUUGUGGAGAAUUUUCAAUCACAAAAUAUUACAGGUAAAGCACUGUUACUCAUUAGAGAAGAAGACUUGAAAGAUGUGGGUUGUGUAAAGGUUGGUGAUAAAUUGUUAUUGUGGAAUAUGAUACAAAAUUUGAAACAAUUGAAUGAAAAGAGAUCCAAGAAGAAAUAG